GCGCGGCGCGGCGCGGCGGGGAGAGGGGGCGCCUGGGCCGGACGCCGCGGGCCGGACCCGGGAAGCGACGGCGCGGAGCGGUGCGGAGCCCAGAUUACCCUGUUCACCAGAUGUCGGGCAGCUCUUCUUGCAGCACUGGCCAUUGGUUUUCACUGCCUUCACAAGAUCAGAAUUACUCCAGAAACUGGAGAGUUUGAUUUAAAAGAACAAACUUGAACAAAUGGACAAUAUGUCUAUAACAAAUACACCGACAAGUAAUGACGCCUGUCUGAGCAUUGUACAUAGUUUGAUGUGUCAUAGACAAGGUGGAGAAAGCGAAACAUUUGCAAAAAGAGCAAUUGAAAGUUUGGUAAAGAAGCUGAAAGAGAAAAAAGAUGAAUUGGAUUCAUUAAUAACAGCUAUAACUACAAAUGGAGCUCAUCCUAGCAAAUGUGUCACCAUACAGAGAACACUGGAUGGACGGCUUCAGGUGGCUGGUCGGAAAGGGUUUCCUCAUGUCAUAUAUGCCCGUCUAUGGAGGUGGCCUGAUCUACACAAGAAUGAACUAAAACAUGUUAAAUAUUGCCAGUAUGCAUUUGACUUAAAAUGUGAUAGUGUCUGUGUGAAUCCAUAUCACUAUGAACGAGUUGUUUCACCUGGAAUUGAUCUCUCAGGAUUAACACUGCAGAGUAAUGCUCCACCAAGUAUGUUAGUGAAGGAUGAAUACGUUCAUGACUUUGAGGGACAGCCAUCCUUACCCACUGAAGGACAUUCAAUUCAGACCAUCCAACAUCCACCAAGUAAUCGUGCAUCAACGGAGACAUACAGCGCCCCAGCUCUGUUAGCCCCGUCUGAGUCUAAUGCUACCAGUACCACCAACUUCCCCAACAUUCCUGUGGCUUCCACAAGUCAGCCGGCCAGUAUUCUGGCAGGCAGCCAUAGUGAAGGACUGUUGCAGAUAGCUUCAGGGCCUCAGCCAGGACAGCAGCAGAACGGAUUUACUGGUCAGCCAGCUACUUACCAUCAUAACAGCACUACCACCUGGACUGGAAGUAGGACUGCACCAUACACACCUAAUUUGCCUCACCACCAAAACGGCCAUCUUCAGCACCACCCGCCUAUGCCGCCCCAUCCUGGACAUUACUGGCCAGUUCACAAUGAACUUGCAUUCCAGCCUCCCAUUUCCAAUCAUCCAGCUCCUGAGUAUUGGUGUUCCAUUGCUUACUUUGAAAUGGAUGUUCAGGUAGGAGAGACAUUUAAGGUUCCUUCAAGCUGCCCUAUUGUAACUGUGGAUGGAUAUGUGGAUCCCUCUGGAGGAGAUCGAUUUUGCUUGGGUCAACUCUCCAAUGUUCACAGGACAGAGGCUAUUGAGAGAGCAAGGUUGCACAUAGGCAAAGGUGUGCAGCUGGAAUGCAAAGGUGAAGGUGAUGUUUGGGUCAGGUGCCUUAGUGACCAUGCAGUCUUUGUGCAGAGUUACUACCUGGACAGAGAAGCUGGGCGAGCACCUGGCGAUGCUGUUCAUAAGAUCUACCCAAGUGCAUAUAUAAAGGUCUUUGAUUUGCGGCAGUGUCACCGGCAGAUGCAGCAGCAGGCAGCCACUGCACAAGCUGCAGCUGCUGCCCAGGCGGCAGCUGUGGCAGGAAAUAUCCCUGGUCCUGGAUCCGUAGGUGGAAUAGCUCCAGCAAUCAGUCUGUCUGCUGCUGCCGGCAUUGGUGUAGAUGACCUCCGUCGCUUGUGCAUACUCAGGAUGAGCUUUGUGAAAGGCUGGGGCCCGGAUUACCCAAGACAGAGCAUCAAGGAAACACCAUGCUGGAUCGAGAUCCACCUCCACCGUGCUCUCCAGCUCCUUGAUGAAGUGCUUCACACCAUGCCCAUUGCAGACCCACAACCUUUAGACUGAGAGCUCUCACCAUGGAUGCCCUAGCCAUUUUCAGGAUGGUGGACUAUGAAAUAUAAUCCUGUUUAUAAUCUGAAGAUCUAUUGCAUAUUUGUUCUGCUCUGUCUUUUCAUAAAGGGUUGAAAGAUGUGUUUGCUGCCUUGCUCUUAGCAGACAGAAACUGAAUUGAAACUUUUUUUUUCUAUUUUAGAACUUUUCAGGCAUGGCUCAGAGCUUGGAAGAUCAGGAAGAACCAUUUCUUACUAAAUCUUCACGGGUUGUUAUGUAUGAAGGAGUCAUCCAGUGCUGGGAACUCAGCCCCUUAGGUGUGUGUGAGCUACUUACACACAGAUGCUGUUGUGUUCCUUUGCAGAGCACACUCAGUGUUGCUGAUUUUAAGGCUGAGAAGUUCUCAAAGUUAGCUCACCUGUUACUUAGUGAGCAAGUUAUUGUUGAACACACUGUGUUCAAGUGCCACAUGGGUGAGUCAGUUUUACUGAAAGCAACUUCACUAUGUUUUAAAAGUCUUUUAUCAACCUUUUAUCCAGAAUGGUUUUUUGCAAGUUAAACAGUGAAGGUGAAUUAAAUUCAUACUGCCUUGCAGACUUCAGGGUUUUUUUCCCCAAGACAAAACACUAAUCUGUGUGCAUUAGUGACAAUUCCUUACAAUUAUCAGUCAAAGAAAUGCCAUUUAAAAUUACAUUUUUUAGCCCUAAUGGAUGACCAUUAUCAAGAUGUGUACUUUUGCCCUGUUAAACAGUAGAUGAAUUCUUUUAUAUUUCUAGGCAUAUGGUUGGCUAUUAAUAUAAAAAAAAAAAGCCUAGGGGGGCGGAUUUCUUUCCCUUAAUUCACAGGGAGAAGGUUUUGUAUUUAUAAAAACACUAAAGCAGUGUUGCUCUGCCUAACGCCUCACUGUUCUGCAAGAUGGCAGUGCUUCAACUAAAAUAAUGAAUAUUUUGGAAACUGCUGAAUUCUAUGUUAAAUACUGUGCAGAAUAAUGGAAACAUUGCAGUUCGUAAUAGGUAGUUUGGAUAUUUUUGUACUUGAUUUGAUGUGUGACUUUUUUUCAUAUACUGUUUAAAUCAUGUAUGUUUUGACAUUGUUUAAAAUUCAGUUUUUGUAUCUUGGGGCAAGACUGCAAACUUUUUUAUACCUUUUGGUUAUUCUAAGCCCUUUGUUUGACAUCAUCGAUCAGUCGGCAGUGACUUUGUAUAGAGACUUAAGUAGAAAAGUUGCAGAUGCGUUGACUGUACCACAGACACAACAUGUAUACUUUUUACCUAGUUAGUAGCGUAAAUAAAACUGAGUCUCAAUAUGCAAAGUUGAAUUCUAGGUUUGUUUUUAAAAUGCUUUCCUUUUGCACUUUUGAGUCCAAUCUCAGUGGCAAGACACCUUCUACUAAAUGACAGGCAACAGCCAGUUGGAUUGUACAGCUCUGGUUUUCCCCUCACACUCUACCAGGACUUUCCCAUGUACAUUAUGUAUCAUGUGUAGAGUUGGAUAUUUUUUGAACUUUUGUUUUACUGUAGCAAAAAAUAGACCUGGGAUGAAUAGUGUGAAUAAAAUCAAGAUCAUUGAGAUGCUUUUAUUCUUUGCUCUGAGAGUUCUGUGAAUUUUACAGUGCAGUAGGCAUUUGGGCUCCGGAAACCCUUGCCUAGCAGUCUUUGUGCUGAAGUAAUCAACAAGUCCCCGCAGCUUGCUUCAGAGGGUUCCAGAAGCCACUGAAUGCUGCUAUGAUAGGAGUGGAAAUCUCAGUCCAACUUACACACCUUGUCUUUUUAAAUAGCUUCUUUACCAGUUCUUAAAUACUUACAGAUACUUUUACUGUCUGUAGAAGUUUAAGGUAAAUUUUUUAAGGUGUUGUAUUGGCAGAAUUAUAAAAAGAUACCUUCUCUAGAAAUGUUUGUCUUUAGAUCCCUUUUACUAUGGAUGGGGAAUAGGUGUGACAGGGAAGAAGAGUUUUAGUAUAACAGACUUUUUGAAAUCCAGGUUAUCUGACUAGAACAUUGUCCAUGCAGUGGUACAACUUGAUGCUUCCUUUUCUACUUAUGGAAACAUUUCCAUGUUUAAUCAUCUUCAUUAAGUAUGUGGGAAGUAUUUGCUAAGAAGUAUCUGUUCAGAGCCAAGCCACCUGUCUUGGUUUUCUUACUAAGAGCCAUACAAUUUACUUGUAGUUAUUGAUAAUGUUUGUAAUUUGACUGUUCUAUGCCUUUAUAAACUGUGUUUCCUUUUGUUCUUUAGAAGUUGCCAUCUUUGAUGAGUAAGACUUUAGAAAACUUCCCUAAGCUUAAAAAAUUUGUGUCCAUUUGAGGAUAAAGUAGUUUCUGUAGUUCUCAGAGUCUGAUUGCAAUGUGGGUAUGGUUCUGGGUGGUGGUCUCUGAUUCAUAGCUUGAGUCUUCUAAGAUCGAAUUGGACUAGAAGCUGAGUGACAGAUGAGGUAGGCCCACCCAGUUUAAAACCCAUUCUACUUUCGUCUUGUGCCUUUCUGUGCAUGAUUAAAGGGAAUCCUUAAUGGUAUUGCCUUUAUUUGCUUGGAAGUAGAUUCUUUUGUGGGAUAGAGUUUACCUUAAUUGUUCUACUUUACUGCCCCUGCUAUACAAAGAUGAUGAUAAACCACUGCCAUGCACUUGCUUUCCACAAACACCAUCUUUUUGUAUUGUCCUAACCCAUUGUCCCUGUAAACAGUGCAGGUUCACAGAUAGGAUUAGCUGGCUUAGGGGCCAUGCCUGGAAAAUCCAGCAACAUAUGAUUGGCUAUGCUGUAUUUCAAAGUUAAAAAUCCAGUUUUGUGGGGAACAGCAGGGUUUAUAUUAGCAGCUUUGAAGGCAAAGUAAGCUCAGAGGUUUUACAGUAUGGAGAAGGGAAUCUUUCUGAAAUGCUUGUGAAGUAUCUGUAGAGGUUAAAUGUAUUUGCUCCUGGUCUGCUAGUAACUGUCACUCAGGUUUUUUGUUUGUUUUUUUUUUUUGUUUUGUUUUGUUUUUUUAAAAUUUGUUGUCCCAUUAAUUGAGACCUCUUAGAAGGAGCAGUUUUAUUUGGAGUUGGCCAGAGUUCUUUUUUGGUAGUUUCCCAUAGGUUGCUGUCUUCAUCAUUGUCAUUUUAUUUAAUGAUAAAGUAGUAAGGAUGUGGGUUAGAUUACUACAUGAAUCCUUUCAAGGAACAUUCUCAUAUGUGGGGCCUGGUAGAAACUAGCAGGUAUCACACACGCGCGCGCGCACACACACACACACACACGUGCACACAUGUGCACACAGACGAACUCAUCUGUUCAUAGUGAUCUGUACAUAGCCCCUGAAAUCCUCCUUUGCAUGGUCAUAAAGAAAGGCUGGCAGUCUCCUGCUCAAACCUUUGCCAUUUUUCCUUCUAAUAACAAGCAGUUUCUUCUCUUGUGAUAUGUUAAGAAGUGUGUAAAAAGCCAGUGGCCUUAUUCAUAGCAUGUCCUUGGCAGAGCCUCCGCCCUAGCACUUUCCAUGCGGCGAGAUGGUUUAUCUGGUGUUACUGAAGAAUGAAAGUUUUCAUCAUCUUGCCUUAUGAAGCAGUAAAACGUUUUUUAAAAAUUAGCCAUUUAUUGGUGGGAACUAUUAGGAAAUCAGAAUAUACUGGAUAUACUAUUUCUUUUUUUUUUUUUUUUUUUUUUUUUUCUUUCUCCUGUCUCUGUGGACACUGGGCCUCUGAGAUAGAAAGCACUAUGUAGCCUUUCUUAAAUGCCCAAGAUUGCUGUAGUUUUGAUGUUUUCAUUUUGAGUUUUCCUAAUCUUCCUUUUUGACAGCUACCAGUUCUUUAGUGGUUUGUUAGUGUGCCUCUUCUUAGUGUUUUCAAAUCCUUUGUUUCUAACUACUUAGUCGAGGGAACCACAUUAUUAGUGUUUACCCAGGACAUGGUCCUGUUAGGGUUGAAAAGGACUUUGGUAUGUUGCUAUUUAGCAUUGAUUUGAUUGCUUCUUGAUGAGUUUUACAUUGUUGUUGUGGAAAGAAUUAAGUCAUACUCAGAACCUCAUAGCCUCCAGUGUUUUUGAAAAGAUUGGUUUCCAUUUAAUUCACUCAGAAAAGCUGUACUGUUUUCUAGCGUCACCAAUAAACCACACACAACUUCUUUAGAAAACAUCCUUGUUUGUUUUGUGUCCUGGUGACCCUCACUCUGGCCACCUUCCUCUAUAGAUACUUCUUACCUAUAGGUGCCUUUAUGAGAAUUGAGAGUCUAAUACCGUGUCCCAAGGAGUAGCUAAUGUAAUGACUGAUGUUUUCAGGGAUUUUACCAUUGGACUGAAAUGAAUGGAUGAAGCUUUUUAUUGCUUUUGUAAUGUGGGAAGGAUUGAAGAGAAUUGUGGUGAAGACAAUCAUUUCUCUGUGUUCACAGUUUAAGAUUUUUUUUUCAGUAGGUUCAGAGUUCAUGAUCCUGUUCAACUGAAAACGUGUGGCUCUGGACUCAGAUGGUGGCACUUUUAUUCAUGAUUUAGUAUGUUCUUGGCAAGUCGUUUCCCUUCUUAGGCCUCAGCUGCCUCACCUGUGAAAUGAGGGGUUGGACUGUCCUGCCAGCUCAGGCUUCUAAGUGACCUUGCCCACCUUGUAGCAGUAUGGCAUUCGCUCUGUACCUGUGUUCUGCUGUUUGAGGGGGGUUCUUGCUUAUUUCUCUGUUACUCAGUGAGACUAGGCUUGAUCUUUCAUUAUCUGUUCUUCUGUGGACAAGUAGUUACAUAUGUCCUUACGACUUACUUUUAACCAAAGGCCUAGCACCACCUUAGGGGCUGCAGUAAGUACAGUGUAAAACAUAAACACCCGGGGUGGGGGGGCCUUCAUUUCAUUUUGCCAUCAUCUCUGUUGAGGCCUGUCUAAAGGCUCUUCUAAGUCAUGACAUUCUGACUCUGAAGUUGGUGUGUGUGUGACACUGUCCUCCUAAUAGAUUGAAACACUGUUGUUAAUGCCUAGUGAUAUUAGAGGUCCUUCCUUUGGAUCUUGAGUUGCUUAACUCUUCUCUGCUCAGAACAGGAAGGUUUUCAGAAUUCUAUCAAUAUUUUAAUUGAUGCUAUGGAAAACAGUAUCAGUGAAUGAUUCACUUUACUUUUGCCUCUUUUAUAUCCUUUUGAUUAGAUAACUUUUGGCUGGAUCAUUCCUUUCAGAGAGUUCUCUUCCAGCCUGCUUGGAUGAGUAUAACUGAGUUUGUUAUUUUUAAGGACCUGGGAACCUUUCUAGGGGGUGGGCUCGGGGGUGGGGGCUUGGGGAGUCCUGGUAGAGGCUGGCUCUGUGGUAGCUGGUGAAGAGGGAUGAAACCAGCUGCUCUUGCUAAGGCUGCUUGUCAUUGGUAGAAGGGCUCACAGGUUUGGAGUGGUUCAAAAACUAAACAUGGAGUUGGCAAACUUCCUCCAAAUGGAGGAUUUUUUUGUUCAAUGCAUCGGACAUGUGACUUAAGAGAAAAGCAUGGCUGCCUAGAGGGGAUAAAAACUGGUGUACUGCAGAAGUGGCUGCGGGGUUGGGGACAGAUUUGGUGGAGGUACUUCCAGCUCUCUGCUCCUCUGGGGUCACUCAGCUUGUGCUUUUAGGAAAAACCUGGUCAGCUGAAGCACCAGUUACUUCCUUUCUAUAUACUUUUGCCUGGUUGAAGUCUGUGGCUUAAAAAAAAAAAAAAAAAAAAAAAAAAAAAAAGUUGAAACUUUCUUGAGAACUCUGUAACAAAGUAUGUUUUUGAUUAAAAGAGAAAGCCAACUAAA